AUUUGCACAUGCAUUUCAUUAUCUUAAGCAAUUUAAAUGUGUUUCACUUACGUUACAUGCGUAAUAAAACUUAUUAAAUAGUUUUAUUGAUUACUAUUAAAAUAUUGCAACAAAUAGUAAAAUCUGGAUCCGCGCAUUUGUUUACUCUUUAUGAAAUAGAUCAAAAAUGGAAUGUGAUCGUACUGACUUAACUUCACAGUGUUUGCAAAGUAGUGUCUCAGCUGGAAAUUCGGUGCCAAUAACAAUUUCAUCUAGCAACAAAGUCAAUCCGCAUUCGAAUUUGUUACCACUACAGCCAUGCAGCACACCUAUUGAGCCGAAGGAUGCGAAACAUGAGGUUAAGUUACAGAACGUUGUUGCCACUGUAUCAGUUGGUUGUGAGCUAAACUUGCGCGAGAUUAAUUUUCGAACACGCAAUACAGAGUAUAAUCCAUCACGCUUCCAUGGUGUAGUAAUGCGAUUACGUGAACCUCGUUGUACUGCUCUGAUCUUCCGAACUGGUAAAAUUAUAAUUACUGGUGCCCGUAAUGAAAUGCAAGCAUCUUUGGGCUCACGUAAGUUUGUUAGGAUAUUGCAAAAGCUUGGAUAUACCGCCAGUUUUCGAGAAUAUAAAAUACAAAACAUUGUAGCUACAGUAGAUUUACGUUUUCCCAUACGGCUGGAGAAUCUAAACCAGGUGCAUGGUCAAUUUAGUUCUUAUGAGCCUGAACUAUUUCCUGGCCUUAUUUACCGUAUGGUGAAGCCGCGUUUGGUGCUACUUAUUUUUGUUAAUGGAAAAAUUGUAUUUACUGGCGCUAAAUCACGUAGAGAUAUUAUGGACUGCCUAGAUUCUAUUUAUCCUAUUUUAUUAAGUUUUAAGAAAAAUUAAAUUUAUGUAAUGUAAAUAAAAUAGUUUUGUACAUUUUCUCAAAAAUACUUCAAAUAUCAAUAUUAGCAUUGCUUCACUUCCUAAUUAAUAACAAUUUAGAAGAGAAACGAUCUUAUAUUGAAU